AUGGUGGAUUGCGUUACUUUUUCUCGUGCUCCGUGUAAAAUAUUUACGUAAAAUAGUGUUCAUUUUGUAGUGCAGUGUUUCUGACUUACAGAAACAUGUCGGAAACACUGCCGAAUAAUAAGAAACAAGUUCAAAGGCAGCUGCGGGAACGCAAGCAGCGUAAGCUCUAUUCCGAUGAGUGGGCUCUCGGAGACGAUGAAGCUGAAGGUGGAAGGGGUUUCUCUCUUGCUGACAAGCUGGAGAGUGCAAGGUUCGAGCAUUCCGGGGCUGUCUUGGAUAUGCAAGGCACUGAUCUCACUAUAUCAUACCUACAGAAGAAUGGAUUUGUAACACCUCUUCUCUUCAAAGACAAAGCUGGCUUGGGAUUGAGAGUGCCGACCAGCAACUUUACAGUGAACGAUGUGCGCAUGUGCGUCGGCUCUAGGCGGGUUCUCGACGUCAUGGAUGUAAACACGCAGAAGAAUAUCGAAAUGACUAUGAAGGAUUGGCAGCGUUACUACGACGAUGCGAACAAGGAGAGACUUCUGAACGUCAUAUCGCUAGAGUUCUCGCACACAAGGCUAGAGAACUACGUGCAGGCGCCGCGCAUCGUGCGCAUGAUUGACUGGGUCGAGACCGUGUGGCCCAGGCACUUGAAGGACCAACAGACCGAGUCAACUAACGCCCUAGAUGACAUGAUGUAUCCGAAAGUUCAGAAGUACUGUCUGAUGUCAGUGAAGGGAUGUUACACAGAUUUUCACAUUGACUUUGGUGGCACGUCUGUUUGGUACCAUAUAUUGCGAGGAGCUAAGGUGUUCUGGCUCAUACCACCAACAGAGCGGAAUUUGCAGCUGUAUGAAAAGUGGGUCCUGUCUGGCAAACAGUCUGAUGUUUUCUUUGGUGACACUGUGGAAAAAUGUAUAAGAGUCCAUCUGCAAGCCGGUCACACAUUCUUCAUCCCGACUGGUUGGAUUCACGCGGUGUACACUCCGAGUGACUCGCUCGUGUUUGGUGGAAACUUCCUGCAUCAGUUUGGUAUUGAGAAGCAGCUGAAGAUCGCUCAAGUUGAAGAUGUCACCAAGGUGCCGCAAAAGUUCCGCUACCCGUUCUUCACGGAGAUGCUGUGGUACGUGCUGGACCGGUACGUGAGCGCGCUGCUGGGCCGCUCGCACCUCGCGCCCGAGGGGCAGAGCGCCGCGCCCGCGCCCGCAGCGCCCAAGGAACACGUGCACCUCACGCAGAACGAGCUGCACGGCCUUAAGGCCAUAGUGGUGUACUUGCACCAGCUACCAGCGGCGCGCAAAUCCGUGCCAGAACUAUUGACGGACCCGAUAGCGCUCGUGCGUGACGUGCGCACAUUGGUCGAACAGCAUCGCCAUGAUAAACAGAAUUUGGCUGUCACUGGACAACCUGUGUUGAAAGGACCAGACGAAGCAUCAAGCGGUGAGCGUAUACGGCAGUGGAGCGGCCGCGGUGGUCGGGGCGGGCACCGAGGCGGGGCCGCCAGACCGCGCCCGGAGCACGCCAACAACGCGCCAAGGCGACGACGUACUAGAUGCAAGAAAUGCGAAGCUUGCCAGCGUACAGAUUGCGGAGAAUGCGUGUUCUGCCACGACAUGGUCAAGUUCGGAGGUCUGGGGCGAGCCAAACAGACUUGCGUUAUGCGCCAGUGCUUGCAGCCAAUGCUGCCAGUGACAGCUUCGUGUGCCGUGUGCCAUUUGGACGGAUGGAUGCAGACACCUGUUGCUCCGCAGGCUAAAGGGAACUCCGGUCGCAAUGGUCCGUCCCUAUUGCGCGAAUGCUCAGUAUGCUACAGUAUCGUGCAUGAAACGUGCGUGCCGGCCGGCGGGCAAUUGAACGAAGAUCUGCCCAACUCGUGGGAGUGCCCCACUUGCACCACUAUGGGCCUGCACCACGAUUAUAAGCCUCGUCACUUCCGCGCUCGACAGAAAUCAUCAGACUUGCGUCGCAUGAGUGUCAGCUCGGAUGCGAGUCAACUGAGCCAGAAUCAUGCGCAAAACAAAUUACCAGUUCCACCCGUGACGGUGAAGACGGAGGCGGGCUCUGAUGGUGAGAACAAGACAGAUGUGCACAUUAAAACUGAGGAUGAGAUAAAACGUGACGAAGAAGGUAACGAAAUAGCUGGCGAAAGCGGUGAGCGUGGUGAAGACUGGGAGCCGGCGAACAAACGUCGUCGUGCCAGUGAUGAAGAUGAAGCGCCGAAGAAACAGGCGCAGAGGGCUCACCUGGCUCUGCUGCUCACUCAUCACUCGGCUAAGCCGCUAAAGAAACCGUUGUACCCGGUCCGUCCCGCGCCGGUGCCAGUGUCGAACUUCGUGGGCGCGCCGUGGCUGGACCGCGACGCGAUGCUCAACGUGUUCGCGAAGCUGACCCCGCACGAGCUGGCCACGUGCGCGCUCGUGUGCAAGGCGUGGGCCGAGUACUCGAUGGAUCCAUCACUGUGGCGCAGCAUGUCGUUCGUGCAAGUGCGCGUGUCCGCGGCGCAGCUGGCGGGCAUCGCGCGCCGCCAGCCGCUAACACUCGGCCUCGAGUGGUGCCAUCUAGCGAGGCGUCAGCUGGCUUGGUUACUAGCCCGCUUGCCAGCACUCCGCUCGCUGUCCCUCGCCGGUUCACCAGCAGAAGCGGCUCUAGCUCUGCGUUCCAGCGCUUGCCCACCGCUGACGUCACUAGACCUAUCCUUCGCGCGUUGCCUUGACGACGCCAAGUUGCGUGGCAUCCUCGCGCCGCCGGAGAACUCGAGACCCGGCGGUGGAGCCCGCUCCGGGACGGAACCGUCCCGCUUGGCCGCGCUUGCGGUACUGAGGCUGCCCGGCACGGAUAUCACUGAUGUUGCCAUGCGUUAUGUUGUACAGGCAUUGCCGAAGCUAGUAGAGCUGGACGCGUCCUCGUGCGCGCGGCUGACGGACGCGGGCGCGGCGCAGCUGGCGCACCACGGGCUGCAGCGGCUGUCGCUGGCCGGCUGCCGGCUGCUCACUGAGGCCGCGCUCGACCACCUGGCGCGCUGCCCCAACCUCGUGCGACUCGAUCUCCGACACGUGCCACUUGUGUCAACGCAGGCCGUAAUCAAGUUCGCGGCCAAGUCCAAACACAACUUGCACGUCAAGGACGUCAAGUUGGUCGAGCUACGGGCCACCUGAUCCGAGGCCGACGUGGCCGAGUCCACGUCCACGUCCACGCCUGACGUCACCAACGCCGCUUCCACCGCUGACGCCGACAAAGCUGACAACACUGACAAACCGGAUAACGCUGCUGAGAAAGCAGACGUUGACGCUGAGAAAGCUGACGUCACUGCUGACAAAGCUGACAAAGACGCCACGCCCGAACAAGCAAUGGAAACGGAAUAAAUCCACAUUGUAGUGUUAUAACGGUGUGGUGAAGACAAUGUGUUUGUGUGCUGUGAAUAUGAAUGUGAAACCAAAUUGAUUGUACUGUAAGUUUAAUUUACGUUAGAUAGCAUUUUAAUUAUUUUACGGAGUCCUCUCACAAUGUUGUUUCAACAUCUGACAGAUUUAUUCUAUCAAAAUAACAAAUAUAUAUCAAACCUUUAUAUUCCUAUAGUUUUCCAUUUCUGUAGGUAAGAAAAGUCCUUUGCUAGAGUGAGAAACAUUGCUAUUUAAGCAUUUAGUUCAUAUAAUUGGAGAGUGUGAACUGGGCAAUUUUUUCUAACUCCAGUGAUAGAUUUUAGAA